AUGGACCAUUUUAAGCGGAUUGCUCUGUAUGGCCAUCGCGGCUGGGCCAGCUCGGCCAUCGCAAAUUCUCUCAUUGCCGCGGGCGGGCCAGUCAGUGUACUCCACCGGGCAACUUCAGACACAAGUGCCCUUCCUGCAGGGACACCAACCUGUGAGAUAGACCUUAAGAACCGUAAAUCCAUUCAAGAUGCUCUCAAAGAUAUCGACAUCCUGAUCUCUCUGGUCGGUCACCAGAAUGUCAAUCACCAACUCGCCCUUAUCAGCGCACUUCCCCACAUUGACGUCCGCCUCUUUGUGCCUUCAGACCUUGCUCACAAGAUGACCCAGGAGCAGAUGCUGAUACCUAACCUUAGAGCGAAGGCGGAGGUAGAGCAGGCCGCAAGGGAUGCUGGUAUAUCGACGACAGUAGUAAGACCUGGUAGUUUGGUGGAAUCAACUUUCUCCACUCCUCUGGUCGGAGUCGACAUUCAAGGGAAUAGGAUCGUCCACACCGGAGGCAGCGCACAUCAGAGCCUUAAUCUUUGCUCCCGACAAUACGUUGCCGCCGCCUACGCAGCUAUCUUCGCCCGGACCCCUAUCGCUCAGCUUAACGGCCGAGCUAUCGGUCUCCGCGAAUUCAUUUGCACGGGCUCUGAGAUCCCUGCAGCACUGCAACGCAGGCACGGCGUUCCUCCGAAGGUAUACCACCACAGCCUAGAGCAGGCCAAACAGGAGAUUGAGAUACGGAUGCGGAAUGGGGAUCUUUGCGCUCUUGCAUUUUCAUACCGCUACCCAAGGGGUGCAGGCAAGCAGGUCGAGCUUGUUGGGGACCACGUAUGGGAAUUACAAGGUUACAAGAAAAAGACGCUGGAGGAAGUAACAGUAAAGGGUAGAAUGGAGCCUUAUAAGGAGUUUCCUCCUGUGUUGGCAGCAGCAUUAGAAACCACAUUUUUUUAA